AUGAAAUCCAUUAUAACUUGGUUAGCGAUCAUCACCAUCAGUCUGACCUUCACAGUACAAACUUAUGCGAAGAUCGACUUUGAAAGCGCAAGAGGAAUUUGGCUACUCGACGAAGGUAAAGGUGAUAAAAUUAACGAUAUUUCUGGAAACGAGAACCACGGUGAACUCCAGGGCGGAAAAUGGGUCAAAGGACAAGAUGGUUCUGCCCUAAGUUUAAACGGACAAGAUGAUCGGGUUAUCAUUCCAGACUCCGACAGUAUGUAUCUGGAAAAGGCGUGGUCAAUCACUUCAUGGGUGUAUGUCAACAAAUCCGAGAACGGUUAUGGACAUAUUCUCGGUAAAAGACCCGCGGGGGGUACAGUGGCAAAUUAUGCCUUCAGGACAAACUCCACCGGCACCGGCUGGGAAGCUUACUUUUCGCGAGACGGUUGGAAAGGUGCUUGGAAUCAAGGACAGGUAAAAAAAGAUGAAUGGUUGUAUAUGACCGCAACUUAUGACGCAAAGGAUACCAUCAAGAUUUACGAAAAUGCUGAGGAAAUCGGUUCUGUUGGCGGGAUGGGUAAACCGGGUCCUCAGAAUGACACGGAUGUCAACAUCGGCGGUUGGACCAACAAUACCUCAGAGACACUUAACGGUAUGCUUAUGAGGGUCGCAAUUUUCGAUUCCGUACUGGAAGUAGAAGAUAUAGAGGAGCUGAUGGACAAGGGACUCCUGACACUACUGCCUGUUGAGCCUUCUGACAAAACUUGCUACUACAUGGGCAAACCUCAAAUCUCAGCAAUAGGCAAGGUAAACCGAUUGCAGCCGGUGCGUUACCUGAACGACUGGCUGCACUCAUUUUCGGAUAGUUGCUGUAAGAAUUGA